GCGCGAAAGGGAGAAGCCCGGCGGCCCUCGGCCAUGGACGCGCGCGCCGCGGCCCCCCCGCGCCCCCUCCUCCCCGUCCUGGUUCUGGUCCUCGGGCUGGCCUCGGGGGCGGCAGCCCGCAGACGCGCCCCCCGGGACUUCGAGGAGAGGUACUUCCAGCAGCGGCUGGACCACUUCAACUUCCAGAGCUGCGGCAACCGGACCUUUCCCCAGAGGUACCUCAUCACGGAUAAAUUCUGGAAGAAGGGAGUCGGCCCCAUCUUCUUCUACACCGGGAAUGAAGGAAAUAUCUGGAUCUUUGCCCAGAACUCCGGCUUCCUCCUGGAGCUGGCAGAGCAGCAGAAGGCCUUGGUGGUCUUUGCGGAACACAGGUAUUACGGGAAAUCGCUUCCAUUUGGAGCGGCGUCGCUGCAGGGGCAAAACGCUGGCCUGCUGAGCGUUGAGCAAGCCCUCGCCGAUUACGCGGUGCUCAUUGUGUGGCUGAAGCAGCAGUACCAAGCGCAGGACUCUCCUGUCAUCGCAUUUGGAGGCAGUUACGGAGGGAUGCUGAGCGCAUACAUGAGAUUGAAGUACCCCAACCUAGUGGCCGGUGCCCUCGCUGCCAGCGCCCCCGUGCUGUCCACGGCUGGGAUCGGAGACCCCAGGCAGUUCUUCAAGGAUGUCACAGCAGACUUUCAGAACUACAGUCCGGAUUGUGUCAAGGCUGUCCGGGAAGCGUUCCGAGAAAUCAAAGACCUCAGCCUGGUCGGAGCUUAUGGGAAAAUCAGCACAAAGAUGGCUCUUUGCAACCAGCUUUCAACCCAAGAGGACAUCGGCCAGCUGUUUGAGUUUGCCCGGAAUGCCUUCACCAUGAUGGCCAUGAUGGAUUAUCCUUACAAGACCGACUUUAUGGGCCACUUCCCAGCAAAUCCCGUCAAGGUUGGCUGUGAACUGAUGUUGGCCAAUCAGGAUCCCAUCAGAGGGCUGGCAGCUCUUUCUGGAGUAUUUUACAACUCCACGGGGACUGUUCUGUGUUUUGACAUUUACAAGCUAUACCAGAAAUGCUCCGAUCCAACUGGCUGCGGGACAGGGCCAGAUGCCGCAGCUUGGGAUUAUCAGGCCUGCACGGAGAUCAACUUGACGUUUGACAGCAACAAUGUGACCGACAUGUUCCCGGAGCUGCCCUUCAGCGAGGCCGCCAGGGAGCGCUACUGCGCCCGCAAGUGGGGUGUGUGGCCCCGGCCAUCCUGGCUGCGGACCAACUUCUGGGGCCGCGAUCUGGCUGCUGCAAGCAACAUUAUCUUUUCGAAUGGAGACUUGGACCCUUGGGCAGCGGGUGGCGUGAGGAAGAACCUGAGCUGGUCCCUGACGGCCAUCGUCAUUAAGGGAGGCGCCCAUCACCUGGACCUCCGGAGCUCUAACCCAGCUGAUCCGGCAUCAGCCAGGGAAGCUCGGCUUCAGGAAGCCAGGAUCAUCAGGGACUGGGUGCAGUCGGCCACCAUCAAGGUCACCAAGUAGUCUCCGAGUUGCCAGCCAGGUCUAACAGAUGCCCCCAGGACUGUUGGGCAUGAAGGGAGCGAAUCUGCAUGGUGCCCUCUUUAGGCAGUGACGCUUUCAUACCACAGUGCUGAAAAAUAAUUAAUAAAGCAAAAGAUUCCCUCCAGAGUACCUUCCUGGGCUGGGAGUGUUCAUGGAGACUGGAAUGAUACGGACAUUUUUUUCACCCAUUUCUAAGAAAGGAGCCAGUGCUCAGGGGCACUGAGAAAACACAAAUGUGGGUCAGCCAAAAUCAGGGCUAAGCACAUGGCUCUCGUGCUAAAAUUAAUUCAGGCUCACAGCUUACCCUCCACUACGGGAUCAAAGCCAUGCAGGCAGAUGCCAACUCCCCAAAUCCCCCUGAAAGCAACAGGUGUGCUGUCCUGAGUUAGACCUUUGGGCCAUCUAGCCUGGGUCCUGCCCACCCUGGUUCACAGCCCAAGGAGAAAGAGCUGGUUUACCUUCCCUGCUGACCUGAUUUUGCUCUGGAGACCCCGCAGAUGAGGCCACAUCUGGGCGCAAAAGGGGCUCUAGCUGUGGGCUUUGUCACCCAUCAGGGGAUGGUGCUUUGCAGGUAAUUUCUCUAACGGUGCUGAACCUGGAGCAAAUUUUGCUUGCCGGUGGCUUUUUUCAAAGGGGCAUCCCUGAAC